AUGUAUCAACAACAAGCUCGGAUAGAGAGGUAUGAAACUCAUAAGGCUAUUAUUGAGUGUUCGUUAGUUGAAGGCAAGCUGGUCGCCACUCAUGUCUUCGAAAUGAUUGGUUAUUUCGAAGCCAUGGAGAGGUUGGGCUUUCCUUAUAGCCAAGAGUUGGCUACUGACAUCAUUUUGCACUCACUUCAUAAGGGGUUCAAUAUGUUUCGAUUGAAUUUCAAUAUGAACGGGGUGUCGAAAACCCUUGCUGAGUUGCAUGGGAUGCUCAUGACUGCCGAGCAAAACAUCACUAUUGCACCUAAGAAGGAAGUUCUUAUGGUUCAAAAGGAAAAGGGUUUUAAGAAGGAAUGUGCUGGCAAGAAAAAGCAAGAUAAGGGCAAGCAAGUUGCCACUAAGACUGCUAUUAAGCCACAGGCAAAGGCAAAGCCAAAGGUGACCGCAAAUGCCAAGUGCUUCUAUUAUGAUCAAAUAGGUCAUUGGAAGCGUAACUGCCCAAAGUACUUGAAGGAUAAGAAGUCUGGGGCUUCUUGGACUAAGGAGUAG